AUGGCUACACCUAAUCCGGGCGUACUUAUUCUACUUAAUGGUUAUCCAGGAGUUGGUAAAUCAAGUGUAGCGAAAGAGUUAUUGAAAAUCAUGCCAAACGCGAAAUUACUUGAAUAUCAUUCUCUCAGAGCUGUUAUUGAUCCUUUGAUAGAUAGGGAAAAAGAUACGGAUAGAUGGAUGGAAAUGAAGAAAAGUUUACUUCAAACAUUACUUAACAACCUAGGAAAUAAUCCACCGUCAUCUUCUUUGAAUCAACAGCCACCCAUAUAUAUCAUAACAUCACAUUUAUGCGCUACACCAAGAAGGUUAUCGGUUUUACAUUCACAUUUAUCAAGUUUACCUUUGAUUCAUAUAAUCUUAACGUGUUCAACUGAAACGAAUCUGAAUAGAUUAAGAUCAUCUUCGAGGAUCCAAUCUAAUUUGAAUUUGAAUUCUACCCAUACUUCCAGCUACAGAUUGAAAGGUGAUGGUAAUGGAUCCUCUCCAUCCUCAUCGAGUAUUGCCAGCGGCAAUCGCGUUAAUACUCUACGAGAGAUAACGAACGAGAACAGACGUGGGAAUGCAAGUAGAAAUGGAAAUGGAAAUGGAAAUGGAAAUGGGCGUGAUGAAGGGAACGAUUCAAGUCCAAACGAAAAUAAUACGAAAAAAGGGAAGAUAAUCGAUGAAAGUACCUUGUACGAAUUACGCAUGGAAGAGGAAUUAGGCAGAUUUUACGCUUCGGGUGGAACGAAAUCUGCUGGAAGUGGAUCCUUAUUAUCAGCAUCAUCAUCAUCAUCAGUAAAAAUUAUUGAUAACAAAAUUGAUCUGAAAGAAAAAGGUUUAUUAGGUGAAUAUGAAGUGAACACUGAAAAUUUAGAGAUUAAUCAAACAGCUAUGAUAGUAAGUGAAUAUAUCAUUGAAGCUUUGAGAGAAACUGGUUGGUGGGUUAGAUUAAAUCCUCAAAGAAGUAGAUAA